UUUUUGGCUGUUUGACCACAUAAAAAAAUCAAAAGUUAACUAAAUAGCCACCAAAUAGCCAUUUACCAAAUAUGACCUAUACAUGAAAUGACCGUCCUACACCAUAUAUAAGUUAAAAUUUUCGUUCAUAAGUGGUCCUUACAAUAUUUUUCCAUAUAUUCUUUCUGCGCACAAAAUGACUCCUCGACAUACACUUUUCACUUUGUCCUUAAGCUGCCCAUAUCCUAAUUCAUAAACAAAACAUGUCCUCUCUUUUUUCUUCUUCUUCUUCUUCUUCUUCUUCUUCUUCUCCUCCUCCUUCUUCUUUUACCACCUACGUUACCCCUACAUUAUGUAUCAUCCUUAUUAUUCUCUUGACCACCAUAACCACCUCACAUUCUAUCGUAAGCGGUCCGCCACCACCGGUGAUCACAGCCGCUCGAAACGCCACUUACGGCCACCAUCGGCAGCUAUCGAUAGAUUACUACGCCAAGACUUGCCCUGAGGUGGAGAAGCUUGUGGCUUCCGUCACGUCGGAGCAAUUUAAAGCUGCUCCCGCUAUUGCUUCCGCCACUAUUCGGCUUUUCUUCCAUGAUUGUUUUGUUGAGGGAUGUGAUGCAUCAAUAAUGAUAUCAUCUAAGCCAGGAAGCAAAGAAUUAGCCGAAAGAGAUGCAUCACAAAACAAGAAUCUACCUAUUGAAGCAUUCGAAGGUAUCAACAAAGCCAAAGCUCUGGUAGAGAGCAAAUGUCCAGGAAUUGUAUCUUGUACAGAUGUUCUUACAAUCUCAACUAGGGAUUAUGUUCAUUUGGCAGGAGGUCCUUAUUAUGAAGUGAAGAAAGGAAAAUGGGACGGAAAGGUAUCAAAAGCAUCUCGUGUGCCUUCUAACAUUCCUCAAACUAAUGCCACAAUUGAUGAGCUUUUGAAGCUAUUCAACUCAAAAGGGCUUGAUAUGGAGGAUCUCGUUGUUCUUUCAGGUGCACAUACAAUAGGGUAUUCACAUUGCAAGUACAUUAUCAAUCGAAUAUACAAUUACAAAGGUACUAAACAACCACAACCAAACAUUGAUCCGAAGUUGUUGCAAGCUUUGAGAAUGUAUUGCCCACAUCAUGGUGGAAAUGAAGAUAUUGUGGUGCCAUUUGAUGUUACCACACCUUAUACAUUUGAUCAUGCAUAUUAUGGGAAUCUAGAGAAAAAUAUGGGAAUUUUGAUGACGGACCAAGCCUUAUACUUAGAUCCAAGAACUAAACCUAUUGUACAAAGUCUAUCCAAGGAUAAGCAGAAGUUUUUCAAAGCAUUUGCACAAGCUAUGGAAAAAAUGGGAACAAUUCAUGUGAAAAGAGGAAGAAAACAUGGGGAAAUGAGGAGAGAUUGUAGUUCACACAUGUAAUUGGAUUAUUUUUUCUAAUUUUUGGACGGGCCCAUGUAAUGGGAUUCUAUACGUAUAUCAAUUUUUUUUUUUUUUUUUAAAUUUUUGUUUUUGAUGUGCAAAUUUUCUCUCUAUUUAUUGAUAUGUCCAAUAUGAAUUUAAAAUAGUUAUACGAUAUUGGACCCAACCAAUAACUAUAGAGAGUGGAUAUGUAUUUGUUAAGGUAGAACAAAUUUACAAAUAUAAUUUAAUAUGAGACAAACUAAUUUCUAAAAAAACUGGCUACGAUGAAAUAAUCUGUAACAGAUGAUUAAUUGGAGUGACACAACUAGUUAAUUUGUCUCUAAGCUCAAGAGAGGGCUCAUUUUCCAUUUAGAACUUGACUCUUUGUUAGAGGAUGUUUGUGUACUAGUUUUCAUUUUAUUAUUGGUUGCACAAUGUCAAGAGGGAUGAAAACUUUGUUAGUUUGUUGCCCAUCACCUGGCUAGAGUAGUGCAUUUGUGUAUCAAACAAAUUUUUGGAAAAUCAUUAUCUUAAAGAAGUACUCCACAUUA